GCUACCGGUACCCGGGCCAAAUCGUCUGUGACAUCGACACCGGCGAUACGAUACGCGUGCCUACACGUACACGGAUUGAAAGAAACCAUCAUGGCUGACGAGCAAACCCUCUCCCAGACAGCCAAACCAGGCGGAGACACAAUUUUUAGCAAGAUUGUACGAAAGGAAAUUCCCGCACAGAUCUUAUUUGAAGAUGAGGAGAUUCUAGCCUUUAAAGAUGUCAAUCCUGCAGCUCCUGUUCAUUUCCUGGUGAUUCCCAAGAGAGGUAUUACAGGCAUCUCAGCUGUAGAAGAGACUGAUGUUAUGAUUCUUGGUAAGAUGAUGUACACUGCUAAGAAGGUUGCACAGGAACAGGGACUGACAGAUGGUUAUCGUUUAGUGGUGAAUGAUGGUAAACAUGGCUGCCAGAGUGUAUAUCACAUUCAUAUCCAUGUCAUAGGUGGCAAACAACUGGGAUGGCCUCCAGGCACUGAGAAAUGUGAAGCAUGUUUGUAACUUCAGAUAUUAUUUACAUGUAUGAUGGUGAAAGGAGGAAGGAUACUCACUCAUUUGGUGGAGCUGUGGGCAGAGAUUAAAAAAUGGACCCCAUUAAGUCAAAUACUAAAAA